AGAGAGAGUGUGAUCUUCCAGAAAUCAGUCUACUGCUUUGUUCAUCUGAGCGUUCAGGAGUUUCUGGCUGCAGUCUACAUGUUCCACUGUUACACCAACAAGAAGACAGAGGUGCUGAAGGACUUUCUGGGGAAAGACCACCAGGUCGCUGCUAAGUCUCUGGAUGAGUUUCUGAACAGAGUCAUGAUUAAAUCCUUGGAGAGUAAAAAUGGUCACCUGGACCUGUUUGUUCGUUUCCUUCAUGGCCUCUCUCUGGAGUCCAACCACAGACUCUUAGGAGGUCUGCUGGGUCAGACAGAGAACAGUCCAGAAAUCAUCCAGAGAACCAUCAAGAACCUGAAGGAGAUGAAUGCUGAGGAAAUCUGUCCAGACAGAAGCAUCAACAUCUUCCACUGUCUGAUGGAGAUGAACGACCUCUCAGUUCAUCAGGAGAUCCAAGAAUUCCUGAAGUCAGAGAAAAGAUCAGAGAAGAAACUCUCUGAGAUCCACUGCUCAGCUCUGGCCUACAUGCUGCAGAUGUCAGAGGAGGUUCUGGAUGAGUUGGACCUGGAUCAGUACAACACAUCAAAUGAGGGACGACGGAGACUGAUUCCAGCUGUGAGGAACUGCAGAAAGUUUCGAUUAUCUGGACAUGGCGUCUCAGCAACUCUCUGUGAAGUUGUGGCCUCAGCUCUGAAGUCCAACCCUUCCUAUCUGACAGAGCUGGACCUGAGUAAUAAUAACCUGGAGGAUUUAUUAAUGGAGCAUCUACCUGGUGGACUGGAGAGUCCAAAGUGUAGACUGGAGACUCUGAGAUGGAGGUGAUGAUGUUUGUGAAGAGGACGGUAUGUGAGCUGAGAGAGGAUGAGCUGUGUCCUGAUGAUCCAGAGGUUGAAGCAGCAGCAGCUUGUGUGUAGAGAGACUCUGACUCAGAUAAAUGCUGCAGAAUAAACCACAUGUUCAACCGAAACAUGAACUAAAACACAUUCUACUCACAGUGAUGCAGCCAGUGUUCAGUUUCACUCACUCAGCAUAUAGAUGUGUUUCUGUUUAUAGACUCCACUGAGUCAACAUUGGAAUCUAAAACCUUUUGGAUGUUUAUCUGAUAUUUCUGUCAGGAAUGGUGAAGGUGAGGGACAGGAUUACAAAACAAAAGGACAUAGAGACAGGAUGAUGGGGACAAAAAUGACGCAACAGAGAACAAAGGGAAAGGCAGGACUAUAUAUACACACAUAAGGACUGAGGGACGAUGUAGUAUAUGAUCCUAUCCCUCUUCCUGCUUUGGGGUUUGUGAAGUGUGUACGUGGUGUAAAGAUUAACCAGUUUAUCUUUAAGUUACUUUUUAUAGUUGGCUCAUAAAAUUACCAGACGUGAGAAGACAAGUUUCCUUUGUUGAUAAAUGUGGGGUUCUUGGGGAUGAGAAUAUAUAUAUAUAUAUGUAAGAGACUGUUGGAGCUGAACAAGAGAGAGGAUUCGGCAAAUGGGACCAGAAGCUCUCUCAGAUUCGACAAGAGUUUUUGACGGUCUUCUUUCUUGUAAUAAAGCCUUUUUAAAUGCAA